AUGUGCGAAUUUCAAAACGACUGGCUGGGAGGAAAUGUGAACGCCUCUUCGGACUCGGGGAAAGAAGAUGAUGCGUCACAGAGCUUGGCUUGUGAAAUUUGCUUUCCCGCUGUUGAAGCCGAGAGGCUUGUUUCGGGAUUUCCGGGAUUGUCUCCGCCACAGCUUGCCGCGGCGUUGUGCUUUCGCUACUUGAUCCCCUCUCCCGGCAUGCACCCGACGAAGUUCAUCUACCCUCGGGAAGACGAACUUGGCUCGCGAACUCGCUCUUACGCGGCACUGGUGGCUGGCUUCGUUGCGGAAAUUGCUUUCGGUGUGCGGGACGAAUUCAAAGUCUUGAGAGUGUCGGUGUCGCCUCCAAGGGACAAGCCGAGGCCGCCGAGAUCGCCGGAACCGCCUCCAAAGAAGGUGAAACAGGAGGUGGAUCACAGGGAUAGCGACGGGGAGAAAAGUGACUUGGAUCUUGUCGUCGAUGAUAACAACGAGGACUCCGUGAGUCCAGCUGUGCACAACGGGCCGGUGUCACCCCGAGAGAACGGCUUGGACAAACUCGGCUCUAUCAAAAAGGAAAACGCCAGCGGGGGUGGGGCAGUGAGCCCGCGGAGCAGGACGUCAUCCGCUGGUUCGGCCUCUGCUCCUCCGCCGCAGUCCAAGCCCUUGGGCAAGGACGGGUCCACGGACAUCUCUAAACCCUCGACGCCGAAUAAGCCACUGACACCGACGACGACAUCCGCGCCCGGAGUCCCGUCGUCGGGGAAACCUGCGAAACCGCCGGGCAUAAGUGAGUAG